AUGACUUUAUCUAUCACCACUCUAUUUCUGAUUUUGUCGUAUUUAAGCAAUGUACGUGGAAGCGUAAUCCCUACAGAAAGGAAUCUACAACAGCUCGUUUUGCAAUGCGAACCUUACAGUGAUCCAGAAGCGUCGACGCAAUUUAGCAUCUCUGAAGGGAGAGAUUCAAUGGCUAUUUCUCGUUCAGGAAAAGAUGUAUCCAAGAAGACUUUCUUGGAUAGGUACUUUGGUCCUUUUCUUGACAAUGCUCAAGAUUCACUUACUAUUAAAGCUCCGAAUGGUUCAGAUAAGAAGCAUCCUGAGCCUUUGAAGAAUAAUCUCCAUUCGCUCAUGAUCAAUGACGAGUAUGAGUAUCCCGAUAAAGACGAUCUACGUGACAUUAAUGGAACAAAUACAUUAUAUAGGGGAGGAGAAUUUGGAGGUUUAACUACUUUUGCUCAUUUACCUUACGCGAACUGCUACGAUCCCGAAUACUUCGAAAAAGAGAAAUUUGAUAUUGCCAUCGUUGGGGCACCUUUUGAUUCUGGAGUAUCGUACAGACCGGGUGCAAGAUUUGGCCCAAGUGGUAUUCGAAUGGGCUCGCGUCGUUUGGCUCCCGCUUAUUCCGUCUACAGAGAUGGCUUUGAUCCAUAUUCCAACUGGGCUAAAAUUGUUGACUGUGGUGACCCGCCGGUGACCCCAUUGGACAAUAGAAUUGCUUUGGAUCAAAUUUACAGAGCAAAUCGUGCCAUCGCCAAACAUGCUACCGAAAAUGAGAAACUUAAGGCACCAAAGCUCUUUACCCUUGGAGGAGAUCACACAAUCACUUUGCCAGCAAUUAAAGCUGCUUAUGAGAAAUGGGGCCCCAUCACAGUUAUCCACUUUGACUCCCAUUUAGAUACCUGGAACCCUUAUUAUUUUGGUGGAAAUGUUACUGAUUACCAGUCUGUGAACCAUGGUACUUAUUUACAUUGGGCUCACGAAAAAGGUCUUUUGACAGAUAAGUCAAUUCAUGCGGCUAUUAGAGGACCAUAUCCAGGGCCAAGAGAUGUCAGACACGAUGAAAAAUGUGGUUUUGACAGGAUUUUGGCAAGGGAUAUUGAUAAAAUCGGAACACAUGGUAUUAUCAAUAGGAUCAAAGAAAGAGUUGGCGACGGUGCCAUUUAUAUUACUGUGGAUGUGGAUUCGAUGGAUCCAGCAAAUACACCCGCCUCUGGUACUGUUGAGCCUGGUGGAUGGACUUCAAGAGAACUUUUAACAAUUUUGGAUGGUUUAGAAGGACUUAAUGUGGUUGGAGGAGAUGUUGUAGAGGUUGCCCCCCCUUAUGAUACUGCAGCUGAGUUGACUUCCAUCACAGCUGCGCAAGUCGCAGACUCAAUUAUCUCUUUGAUGAUUUUGAAGGAAGAGAAACCCGAAGACGCAAAAAAGUCCAAUAAGUAG